GGGAGCUGAGCGUGCAGUUUGGGGACAGCGGUGAGAGUGAUGAAGGUUGAUCCUGACCCUCCCGAGGACCCGCUGCUGAACUCUCUGCCUGAGCUCUCGGUGCUGGAGCGGCUGGGCCUGCACAGAGUGGCUUUAACCGAGCAGGACGUGGAGGCAGCGUUCACGCACUUAGCACUGGCCUUCCGCUGUGACAUGUUCACCCUGCGGCGGCGGGUGCAGGUGGAGGAGCGGGUGCGGGACGUGGCAGAGGAGAACAUUCAGCAGGAGCUGGAGGAGUGCCGGGCAGCGCUGCAGAGGCUGAGCCUGUCCUGCGUCGACCCCAAGCGCAAGGAGCUGGUCGGGCAGUUGCAGCAAAGCCUGACGGUGCUGGCGGGGUCUGUUGAGCGGGCGACGAGCGCGGCAGAGAAGCUGGGGGCCGUCCAUCAGGAGGCGCGGAUGAGCCGGGCGGCAGAGGUGAUGGUGCAGCAUGUGGAGAACCUGAAGAGGCAUCACUUGCGGGAGCACACGGAGCUGGAGGAAAUGAAGCGGCUGAUCCAGCAGAACUCCCGCAACCGGCAGCUGGCUGAGAACAGGGAUGAAGGUGAGCAGAGACUGAAACCGCCCCUGAUGCGAACGUUCCAGCAGGCAUCGGCACGUCGGAGAAUCAGCAUCGCAGUCAUUCCCAAACAGCUCACGCUGUUUCCCAGCCCCGAAAGUGGGCGAGCGCCGGAGGGGGAGGCACCCAAGGUGACGUGGGAGAGCAGUCCUAGCACCGAGAGGGAAACCUGCUGCCUCCAGGAGGACUCCACCGAUGGAUACUUCAUCCUGCGCUCAGACUCCUCCAACUCCUUGCACCGAAGCCAUCCACAGGCAGACAGAACUGAGUGUGAGGGGGACAGAGGCCGCUACGCAGAAGGGAGCGAGCCGGAGCUGUGGAGAAGGGGAAGCACCAGCAAGCCCAUGAAAGAGGAACCUGAUGGGGCAUCAGACAGCGGCGGGCUGACGGAGGAGCUGGAGCAGCUUAGUCAGAGGUCCCUAGCAUCUGAGAAAGAGAUCCCCCGGCCGUGGGUCUUUCUGCCCCAGUACUACUGGCUUUUUCUGUGGCUGCUUUUCCUGGGCCUCACCUGCCUGGUUCUGAUGCGGAUUCUGGAGCUGCAGAAACAGCAGCCAGCACCAACCCUCAACUCCUAGCAUGAAAGAGGACUCAGCCUGAGAAACACAACGUGCCACCCCAGGCUUACUUUUAAAAAAUAAAAUAAUAAAAACCGGAGGGGGAAAAAGGGGUUUAGAUGUUUGGGGAAACACAAACCUCCCUCCUAGAAGCCCCAAGGUGGCUGCAGGAGGCUCUGUGCUGUGAAAGGAGCUGUGGGUGCCCUGAGGUGCGAUGGGGCUAUUGCCCUAACUUGUACCUAUGCGAGCGGGGCUCAGCAAUAGCAGAUUGUCCCUUGUCAGCCUAAUCUUGGUCUGGUGCAAGGAUCCCUUGUACUAGGAUGGGGAAAGGGCAUGCGUGAUAGCGGAGGGGUGGGAGGCUGGGGGUGCCUCCACCAACUCCUUUCCUCCUCUCCUUGCCCUUCUUGCAUAGCUGCGGGCACUGCUGCCUCCUUCAGCGCACCUCCCCCUGGGCAAAGAGCCAGGGGCCCAAG